UAAAUUGAGAUAAGAAGAAGAAGAAGAAGAAAUGCAGGUUGUGCACUAUGGUUGUGAAGCCCUUCCUUGUUAGUAAACAGAGUGAGGAAACAUGGAUGUAAUCCAAACAUCAUACUUCACUGUGGUGGAUAAAAAGAGCCAGACCAGAUUCAUCUGCUGCGCGAGGAGGAAGAAUGGAGUAUUGAAUGUUUGUUUGACGGAUGCUGCAGAUGUUUGGAGCUCCGAGUUCACCACAGACACACUGGACCAAUUAAGACACAAGUUUGCCCUCAAAUCUACAGAUGAUAUCCUCCUAAACCUCAGAGUUGCCUGUAGUCGUGGUAAAGUGUCUGUUGUGAUUCAUGACUCGAGUGCAGAUCUCUGCGUGGGUUCUGGUCCAGGUGACCUCAGUGUGACCUUGAACAGUCUGGAGGGUCCUCAGGCCAGGGAGGAGCUGAAGGAGCUGCUGUUCAGGAUGGCCGAUAGCCUCACGCAGACGGACAGUGAGUGUGUGUCCCCAUCCAUCAGUCCAGUGAAAGCCCCCCAGAGGAGGCCCACAGACUUCGAGCCUCGGCAGCAGAACGGAGCUCCAUCAGUGACGCUGAAGAAACGACUUCCAGGAGCUUCACUCAUCAACCCAGGAGCUAAAAAGAAGCUGCGAGCGACCGGCGUGGCCUUCGAUGAUGUAGAUGAAGACUGACUCUUCAGACAAUCCUCACAUCACUGCUGCUAAACCAACAAGGGAUGUAUUUUCAUCUACCAACAUGUGAUUAUGAAAUUUAGCAUUUUUUCAAACAGGCUGUAUGAUAUAAAAACUUUUAUUCCUAGAUAUCUGUCACGAUGAAACCCUGAAAACUGAUUUUAAAUGUAUUUUAGUAGGAUUGGGAUGAAGCUAUUACUCUUUAUUUUUCUCUCUUGGUUAAUAACAUUAAUACAUGUUAUUUAAAGGCGCCUCUCAGGGCAGAGUCUAAAUAAGAACAAUAUAAAAAUGAGGUGUACUUUUUACGUGUUUAUGAAAUGAUAAAGCUGGAUAAAUGAGCAUCUGUUAUUGCAUUUUAAAUUAACUUAAUGUUGUUUUACUACUUUUACUACUUCAAGCUACUUUGUUGCUUGUUCCUAAUUCCACCACCUAUUAGUGGAGGAACAUCUUGAAGGGCCUAUUACUGUCCUAAUAUCUGUUUGACUUGCUAAUGAAGGUUUGGUGCCAAAGAGUGAUGAAGAUUCUUUUAAAGGUGCACAUGGAAAUAAAGGCGUUUUAAAGAAUGA